AUCAAAGCAGUCCGACAUAUCUCUGUACUCCCCUUCCCCAUCUUUCCGGAAUCUCAAUCCGAACCCCGAUAGGCCUGCCGUCCGAGAGAAACAGAAAUACCGGCGGCUUCUUCUUCAACCUGUUACUCGUGUGAACUUUUCUCUUCUCAUUUUCUAAAAGUAGGAAUAGGGCUUCGUUGCUCGUGCGCGUGAUGGUGACACGGCCACGGGAUCCGUGACGGAGAAGUGCAGCGGAGGAGCAUUUUGACGAUGAUGGAAGUGAUCAAGCCGUCAGGAUAACCACACGGCGACAAGAAUGCUGGCAUAACGGAAAGCGAGAAAAAAGAGAUCUCGUUGUCUUUGUUUGUACUAUUCUUUGUUAUUUAUGGCUUCUGCGCCUUUAAUCCAUGCUCGUUGCAGUUAUUCCCCAAGGAUCAGGCUCAAUAAAAAUGGCGGACAUGGAGGGCCGUCUUCUCAUUGUUCCUCUUCCAGUUGUACCAGUUCCUCACAGGGUUUUCCCUCUAAUCUCUGUAACUCCUCCUCUGGCCUGAAAAAUUUCAGCAAAAAUCGAAGUCUCAGAAUUCAAGCAAUGGGUUCCAAUCAGAGAAACGUUGUAACACCAAAGGGGAACUCAAAGUCCAAUGAGGAACCUGAUCAUCUUCUUGUCCUUGUUCAUGGCAUCUUGGCCAGCCCUAGUGACUGGACAUAUGUAGAAGCGGAGCUGAAAAGACGACUAGGAAGCAAAUUUUUGAUAUAUGCAAGCUCAUCUAAUACCUACACUAAAACUUUCACUGGGAUUGAUGGAGCUGGAAGACGAUUAGCAAAUGAAGUCAUACAAGUUGUCCAACAGACAGAGAGCCUAAAAAAAAUCUCUUUUUUAGCGCAUUCUCUUGGUGGCUUGUUUGCAAGAUACACAGUUGGUGUUCUUUACUCAUCAAAUACAUGCAUAAGUGAUCAUCCUGAUGAUCUUGCUGAUUCUAGUUAUGGAAAGUCAGAAGUUUCAGCAUGUUCUUCAAAAGGAGAUACAAUUGCUGGACUGGAGCCUAUCAAUUUUAUCACCCUGGCAACUCCACAUCUAGGGGUGAGGGGGAGAAAGCAGCUUCCAUUUCUACUUGGUGUCCCUAUCUUGGAAAAACUUGCUGCACCCAUAGCUCCAUUUUUUGUUGGACGAACUGGUCGCCAACUAUUCCUUACAGAUGGCAAACCCAGCAAACCUCCUCUUCUUCUGAGAAUGGCAUCUGAUUGUGAAGAUGGAAAAUUUAUAUCUGCUCUUGGGGCAUUCAGGUGCCGUAUUGUUUAUGCCAAUGUCUCUUAUGACCAUAUGGUUGGUUGGCGAACAUCCUCUAUAAGGAGGGAGAAAGAACUUGUUAAGCCCCCUCGACGAUCUUUGGAUGGUUACAAACAUGUUGUAGAUGUGGAGUAUUGCCCCCCUGUAUCAUCCAAGGGCCCUCAUUUUCCUCCAGAAGCAGCAAAAGCAAAGGAGGCAGCACAAAAUGAACCCAGCACACAAAAUACUACAGAGUACCAUGAUAUUAUGGAAGAGGAAAUGAUACGUGGCUUACAAAGAUUAGGGUGGAAGAAGGUCGACGUCAGCUUUCAUUCGGCAUUUUGGCCCUUCUUCGCCCAUAAUAAUAUCCAUGUGAAGAACGAAUGGCUUCACAAUGCCGGUGUUGGAGUGGUUGCUCAUGUUGCAGACAGCAUAAAACAACAGGAGUCUACCCCAUUAAUUGCUGCUAGCUUAUAGCCACAAAGUUUAUGUGGGUGUACUUAAAAGGCUGUACAAUGUUGUAAACUAGAUGCAAGUAUAGAAAGUUCAUGAUGCUUUUUUUGGCUAUAUAGUAAAACUUUUUUUAUGGAAA